UCAUCGCGACGUUAAAGCAGAGCAACCUCUCGUCCAUGGCCAAGAUCCAGCCCCUCGCUGCCGCGGCCUCACCGUCGUCCUCUGAUGAUCAACGGAGCCAGCAGGCGUACACGGUGUGGAUGAAGUCGCUGGUCUUCAACGGCAAUGGCUGCACGGUGUACAGCCCCGACGGCGCCGUCGCCUUCCGCGUCGACAACUACGGCUGCAGGGGCGGCCGCGAGGUCUUCUUCAUGGACCGUAAGGGGAACGCCCUCAUCAGGAUCAGGCGCAAGGGCUUCGGGAUGUUCAGGAGCUGGGAGGUCUGUCGCUGCGCCCACAACGGCGGCCAGGAGGAGGAGGCCACGCAGUGGUUCAGCGUGCGGCGGGCCGAGAAGGGCGGAGCCGCCGUGGCGAUGCACGGCGGCACGGGGACGUGCUACACGAUCGACGGGUGCUCUGCCCGCAAGUCGGAGUACAGCGUACGCGGCGUGGAUGGCGCGGUGGUGGCAGAGGUCGCACGGAAGCAGACGCCGGCGGGGGUGGUGCUGGGGGAGGACGUGCUGGCGCUGACGGUGGCGCCGGAGGCGGAUCACCUGCUCUUCCUGGGUUUGGUCGUCGUGCGUGGCCUCAUCAACCGCUCCUUGUGAUGGAUGCCUGAAAUGCCAAUCCUCUUCUUCUCUAGCCAGGAAA